CUUCCUCCCCCUUUCACCCGUGUCCUGCAAGCCGCUCAUUCCGUAUACCCCGACUCAGCCUCUCCUUGCAAAAGACACAACACACGCGAAGUCACAACAUGUUCGCUACACUCUUUUCAGUCACUCUCUUUGUCGCCCUUGCCAUUCAAGGCGCAUUAGCUGAUUUUACGAUUUACACCCCCGCUCUUGUCCAGUGUACAGGUGCUCAAAUCACUUGGACAGAGUCAAUUUCUCCCUACAACCUUGUUGUAGUUUCCGCAGAUGACGUCUGUGGCGACGCUCUUGUUAACCUAGGUAACAUAACCGGCCUUUCAACGGAAUGGACAGUCAAUAUCGCUGCUGGCACCCCGAUCGUGCUCGCGCUCGAGGAUGCUGAAGGAAAUGAGGCCUGGAGUGGAACUGUCACUGUGGCAGCUAGUAGUGAUUCGUCAUGCUUGACGAGCUCCACCCCAUCUGUCAUUUCCUCAAGUGGCACUACGCUAACAGUUGCCGCCUCCACUGCAUCCCCGACGACCACAUAUGCUCCUGCUGGCGCUGCUAAUGCAGGUCUUGCUCCCGCUUCUGGCGCCUUGUCAAUCCGCCCUCUCACCGCAUUGACCACCGUUGUCUCUGGACUCUUGGCAUUUAUUGUCUUUGCUCUGUAAUGGCCUCGAUACCCACACCUUUAUGACGGGUGAUACCCCGCUGGCCGAACUAUUCAUCUUUACAAUUAUCCUGGUGAUGCCACGAAUACCUUUACCUUAUCCACGUCUGGAGCUGGGUUUCCUUUUCUUUCUUUUUUAUUGGUGAUUUAUGUCAGGUGCGCGAGGUGUUGCUACUAUUUCACUAGAUGUGAUAGGUUUCAUAUCCUGGUUCGACUGUAUUUUGGAAUCAAAUUUUGUAGCAUGUUUCCGUGGGCUAUUUGAUGUCUUGGGGUAGAUGUUGACCGUUUGAGGUCCCGAGCUGGCGUGGUCAGUGGCCCCAUCGAAAAUCAUGUUGCAACGUAUGUAGUACACGCCAAUAACACGUUAUUUAUCUCAUGUUC